GUUUCGUUGCCAAGACCCGACCCGCUGCCACUCAGCAGCGAGAUCACGCAGCUCUGUCCCGGAACUUUGCCGAGCUCUUUUUUGCUUCCGCAUUCUUCCCAAACCCACCACAUCCACCCUUCACAAUCGCGCCUUGUCGGCCACCCCGUCCCCUCAUGUUGCGGACAUCGCUGCGAUCCGUGAGGGCGUUGGGCAACAGGCCCGCGGCAGCCGCUGCCGGCCGUCAAUGGCAGUGGCAGGUUGCUGCAGCCCGGCGUGCAGUCGUGCCUGGGCAGAGAUUCUAUGCCGAUGGCAAGAAGCCCGAUGAAGUCAAGAUACCUGCCUCCGAGACUCUGACAGCUCCCUCGACGCCGCCACCUCCGCCGUCCGAGAAGGUCGCUCCCUCGACCAUCUCCUCCAAAAACGCGCCGCUUACUCCGCCGUCGCCUCCCCCUCCGCCGCCGGCACCGCGCAGGAAGAAGGGCUUCUUCCGGAGACUGCGCAACUUCAUCCUUACUCUUACCCUCCUGAGCGCAUUGGGCUUCGGCGGCGGCGUCUGGUACUCACGCAUCAACGACAACUUCCACGACUUCUUCACCGAGUAUGUCCCGUAUGGCGAACAAGCGGUUCUCUACCUGGAGGAAAUGGACUUUAGGAAGCGCUUCCCCAACGUGGCGAAUCGGGUGACUGGCAGGCGGCCAGAUGGCGAGCAGGUCAAGAUCCCCGCCCAGAGCGGCGCCUCAUGGCGUGUCGCGGACGGCCACGAGUCUGGCGGACGGCAGUCAAGCGCCAUCCAGAAGGUGGCUGCUGCAAAGCCCAAGUCCGAGCCUGCCGUCGUAAACGAGGCCAAGACAGAGACUGGCAAACUGCCGAAGACUAAUGCCAAGGAAAAGAAGGGGGACAUCCAGAAGCCUGUGCCAGCGCCUGUGGAGAAGAAGCCCGAAUCCACGCCAGAGCCUACACCUGCACCGGUGCCUUCGCGGGCGCUCGCGCCGGCCCUGUCGGCCCCGCCUGCGGACAAGGCGUGGAAAGCCCCCGAGGUGGACGAGCCCUCACGAUGGCCCCCGGCAUCGCCCAUCGACCCUCUCGCUGUUCCGGACGCUGCCGAGCCCGUCGUGCAAGAGCUGGUGCAUCUGCUAAACGACAUCAUUACGGUAAUCAACCACGACGGAGCCAGCGAGAAGUACGGUGCGACGGUCGGCAAGGCCAAGGGCGAGCUCAACAAGGUGGGCCAGAAAAUACGCCAGCUGAAGACGUCUGUGGAGCAGGAGGCGGCACAGCAGGUCAAGAAGCGUGUCGACGACUUUGACAAGGCAGCCAACGAGCUGGUUUCGCGGCUGGAUGCCGUCAUGUCGGCCCAGGAGCAGCAGUUCCGGCGCGAGUUUGAGGCCGAGGUGGAGCGUCUAAAGCAGAGCUACGACAACAAGGUUAAGCUGAUCCAGGAGCGCGAGCGGCAGCUGGCCGAGGAGAAGCUCAACAACACCCUUCUCCAGCAAGCCAUCGAGCUGCAGCGCCAGUUCGCCCGAGACAUCAAGAAGCACGUCGAGGAGGAGCGUGACGGCCGCCUCGGCAAGCUGAACGAGCUCACGGCCGCUGUAGCCUCGCUCGAAAAGCUCACGGCUGGCUGGAACGAGGUGGUCGACGCCACCCAGCGCACGCAGCAACUGCACGUGGCUGUCGAGGCGGUCCGUGCCAGCCUGGAGGACGCCCACCACCCGCGUCCUUUCACGAAGGAGCUUGUCGCGCUGAAGGAGAUCGCGGCGCAUGAUCCGGUCGUUGAUGCCGCCAUCGCCUCGAUCCACCCGUCGGCCUACCAGCGCGGCAUCUCGACGCCUGCCGAGCUGAUCGACCGGUUCCGCCGGGUGGCAGCCGAGGUGCGCAAGGCGUCGCUUCUGCCUGACAAUGCGGGCGUGGCCAGCCAUGCAGCGAGCGCUGUGCUGAGCAAGGUGCUCUUCAAGAAGCAGGGCUUGGCUGCGGGCGACGACGUCGAGAGUAUCCUCACCCGCACGCAGACCUUCCUUGAGGAGGGCGAUCUGGAUAACGCGGCGCGGGAGAUGAAUGGGCUGACGGGAUGGUCCAAGACGCUGAGCAGGGACUGGCUGGCCGAGGUGAGGAAGGUGUUGGAGGUGCGGCAGGCGUUGGAGGUUAUCCAGACGGAGGCGAGACUACAGAGCUUGAAGCUGGAGUAAGGGCCCUGGGCUUCAGUGCAUUUCCUUUGUUGAUGUAUGUACAUUGCUGGCUAGACCUUGUCUUUCUGUCGGUAGAAAAGGAAGGUCUUGGACUGGGUGCUGUGUAUUAAAUAAAGGUAGUCAAUAGACAUGAUCUGGCGGACGAUGCUUGGAUUGUGAUAUUAUUUUAGUGAAUCCAAAGCUUCGAGAUCC